UUUUUUAGUUUCGUUGUUUAUUUCCGCUCCCCAGACAGCUGCGAGUCUGCACCUUCGAGACAAAAGCUUAAAAAAGUAGAGAAAAAGAGCGUCGAGAAAAAGUAGGAGUGACGGUGAGCAACGGGAGGAUCAGGCAAAAGAUAUAAAGGAAGCCCCCUUCCCAGUUCACAUGACCAUGCAGUGAAGUGUCAAAUGGCUUCCAGGCUGGGGCUGCCCACGUGAGAAGGGACUCUAAGAAGAGAAAAGCAGACAUUUGAGGGGAAAGCGAGAGAGAGAGAGAGAGAGAGAGAAGAGUUUUCCACAGAGCCAUGGAUUUAGUCAAAGAGAAUGGCGUACACGAGCGAGUGGUGCACAUUAAAGAAGAGGACUGUGAGUGGGGUGAACCUGAGUAUGUGUGUGUCAAGCUGGAGGAUUGCGAAGGAGGAAUUUCAGUUUUUAAAGAGGAGGAGCUCAAGGGGGAGACGGUGGACAUUAAAAUUGAGCAUCCAGAAGAGUUCUCAGUUCAUGCUGGACUGCAAAGACGUGAAACUGGGAACGAUUUCAAGCGUGAUAUUUAUGAAGAGUAUCCUUCCAGUUUACAGUCCUGGUUCACUGAUUCAAGACAACUAGCUGCCCAGCAGAAUUCUGUGGAACUGAAAUCCGAGGUGUCUGAGGUGGAAGAGAAAAUCAAUGAAGGAAACAAGACAAAGGAAGAACAGAAAGUCGGAAUAAAAUUUGAAGAGAGCAGCAGCUUCUCCCCAUCGUUAUUUGCUCAGACCUCUCUUCACUGCAGACACAAACAGGACAAGGAAGAGAUGAACAAAUCAACAAGAGGAUCUGAGAAUUUGAUAGAAGCCUCUCUCCAGUGCAGUGCUCUUCCUCAGAGAGAAGCCAUCAGUUCUGACCUACAACAAGAGCAUAGCACAGGUCAAGAGGCUUUGCCUGCUGGCAGUAAGUAUGGACAAACUUUUAAAAAUCCCAAGUCAAUUCAAACAGGAGAGAAGUCAUAUGGCUGUUCUGAAUGUGGGAAAAUAUUCUUACAUAAAAGCAGUCUUCAGGUACACUUAAGAAAGCAUACUGGAGUAAAACCUCAUUGCUGUUCUGAAUGUGGCAAACGAUUCUCUGACAAUUACAGUCUCCAAACACAUUCAAGAAUCCAUACUGGAGAAAAGCCCUAUGGCUGUGCUGAAUGUGGAAAAAGAUUCACCAACAGUGGCCGCCUUCAAACCCACACAAGAACUCAUACUGGGGAAAAGCCGUAUUGCUGUUCAGAAUGUGGCAAACGAUUUACAGAGAGUAGUGCUCUUCAGAGUCACAAAAGAAUUCACACAGGAGAGAAGCCGUAUUGCUGUUCUGAAUGUGGAAAGCAGUUCACUGUCAGUAGCAACCUUCAGAGUCACAAAAGGAUUCAUACAGGAGUAAAGCCCUUUUGCUGUUCUGAAUGUGGUAAACGAUUUACCAGAAGUAGCAGUCUUUACCAGCACACACAAAUUCAUACCGGAGAGAAACCAUAUUGUUGUUCUGUAUGUGGCAAAAGACUGAGAAGUAGGAGAAGUCUUUGGCAGCACAUAUCAAUUCAUACUGGAGACAAACCGUAUUGUUGUUCUGAGUGUGGGAAAAAAUUCACUGAGAGCGGUGCUCUUCAGAGGCACAAACAGAGUCAUACAGGAGAGAAGCCAUUUGUCUGUUCUGAAUGUGGCAAUAGAUUUACCCGAAGCAGUAGUCUUCGUCAGCACACACUGAUUCAUACUGGAGAGAAGCCGUAUGGCUGCUCUGAAUGUGGCAAGAGAUUCACAGAGAGUAGUGCUCUUCACAGGCACAAAAGAAUUCAUACAAUAGAAAAACCUUAUUGCUGCUCAGAAUGUGGUAAACGAUUUUCUGAUAGCUGUGGUCUCCAAAAACACACAAGAAUCCACACCGUAUAAAAGCUGUAUGGUUUUGCUCAAUAUGGGAAAACAUUCACCGAAAGUUGCCAACUUCAAAGCCGCUCAGGAAUUCAUAAUGGAGAAAAGUAAUACAUGUGUUCUGAAUGUGGAAACACCAGAAGCAGACAUCUUCAGAAACAUACAGUGCAUCCGGAAAGUAUUCCCAGCGCAUCACUUUUUCCACAUUUUGUUAUGUUACAGCUUUAUUCCAAAAUGGAUUAAAUUCAUUUUUUUCCUCAGAAUUCUACACACAACACCCCAUAAUGACAAUGUGAAAAAAGUUUACUUGAGGUUUUGGCAAAUUUAUUAAAAAUAAAAAAAUUGAGAAAGCCCAUGUCCAUAAGUAUUCACAGCCUUUACCAUGAAGCUCAAAAUUGAGCUCAGGUGCAUCCUGUUUCCCCUGAUCAUCCUUGAGAUGUUUCUGCAGCUUCAUUGGAGUCCACCUGUGGUAAAUUCAGUUGACUGGACUUGAUUUGGAAAGGCACACACCUGUCUAUAGAAGGUCCCACAGUUGACAGUUCAUGUCAGAGCACAAACCAAGCAUGAAGUCAAAGGAAUUGUCUGUAGACCUCCGAGACAGGAUUGUCUCGAGGCACAAAUCUGGGGAAGGUUACAGAAAAAUUUCUGCUGCUUUGAAGGUCCCAAUGAGCACAGUGGCUUCCAUCAUCUGUAAGUGGAAGAAGUUCGAAACCACCAGGACUCUUCCUAGAGCUGGCCGGCCUUCUAAACUGAGCAAUCGGGGGAGAAGGGCCUUAGUCAGGGAGGUGACCAAGAACCCGAUGGUCACUCUGUCAGAGCUCCAGAGGUCCUCUGUGGAGAGAGGAGAACCUUCCAGAAGGACAACCAUCUCUGCAGCAAUCCACCAAUCAAGCCUGUAUGGUAGAGUGGCCAGAUGGAAGCCACUCCUUAGUAAAAGGCACAUGGCAGUCUGCCUGGAGUUUGCCAGAAGGCACCUGAAGGACUCUCAGACCAAGAGAAAGAAAAUUCUCUGGUCUGAUGAGACAAAGAUUGAACUCUUUGGUGUGAAUGCCAGGCGCCACGUUUGGAGGAAACCAGGCACCGCUCAUCACCAGGCCAAUACCAUCCCUACAGUGAAGCAUGGUGGUGGCAGCUUCAUGCUGUGGGGAUGUUUUUCAGCGGCAGGGACUGGGAGACUAGUCAGGAUAAAGGGAAAGAUGACUGCAGCAAUGUACAGAGACAUCCUGGAUGAAAACCUGCUCCAGAGCGCUCUUGACCUCAGACUGGGGCGACGGUUCAUCUUUCAGCAGGACAACGAGCCUAAGCACACAGCCAAGAUAUCAAAGGAGUGGCUACAGGACAACUCUGUGAAUGUCCUUGAGUGGCCCAGCCAGAGCCCAGACUUGAAUCUGAUUGAACAUCUCUGGAGAGAUCUUAAAAUGGCUGUGCACCGACGCUUCCCAUCCAACCUGAUGGAGCUUGAGAGGUGCUGCACAGAGGAAUGGGCCAAACUGGCCAAGGAUAGGUGUGCCAAGCUUGUGGCAUCGUAUUCAAAAAGACUUGAGACUGGAAUUGCUGCCAAAGGGGCAUCGACAAAGUAUUGAGCAAAGGCUGUGAAUACUUAUGAACAUGUGAUAUCUCAAUUUUUUUAUUUUUAAUAAAUUUGCAAAAACCUCAAACUUUUUUCACGUUGUCAUUAUGGGGUGUUGUGUGUAGAAUUCUGAGGAAAAAAAUGAAUUUAAUCCAUUUUGGAAUAAGGCUGUAACAUAACAAAAUGUGGAAAAAGUGAUGCGCUGUGAAUACUUUCUGGAUGCGCUGUAUAACACCACACAUUGUUCCGCAGUUGUGUAAUGUGGCAGGUGAUUUUUCCUAACCAGUGGUCUUUGCAAUCAUUCAAAAGUUCAUAUUCAAGAGAAACGUUAUUGCUACGCUAACUGUGAUAAAGGUUCUCACUUUUAAGUAAUUUCCAUGGGCACUUAAGAAUCCACAGUGGAGAGAAGUCUUAUUAUUGUCCUGACUGUGGUAAAUGAUUCUCAAAUAGCAGUGGAUUUCAUAACCAUAAAAUAUUUCACAAUGGCAAGAAGCCUCAAGGCUUUUCUGAAUGUGUCAAGUGUUUCUCACACAGCAGGAGUCUUAUUGGCACAUGGCAAGUCACACUGGAGAAAUUCUGAAUGCGUAAGUUGGUGGGUGAAGAAUAAAGAAUUGGAUGGAGGACUGAAAUGUAGCUUUCCUAACUGUUCAAGUCUUGAGGACCAACUUCAUGUGGUGGGCUUUAUUUUAUAAGAUUGGUGGCAUAACUCAUGAAGAUAAAAAUACUUUAAUAGUAGGAAUGGACACCCAAAAGACUCCUUUUGGCCCUAUGUCACCCAGGGUGUACAUAUGUGCCCACUCCCUGCUGCAACACAGGAGUAGGUGAGGGUGGUAUUAAUAGUGGGAUAUUGUUAGAUUAAGAGAAGAGAAUCUUCAGUGUGCUGAUAGUCCAGAUGGAAAGUGGAACAGACAAGACCACAAAUGUGAAAUAUGAGCAGGAAACCAAGAGGGCUUGGACACCAAGCAGUGGUCAACUGAAGAGAAAGAAGAGGUCAAGAAUGGCUACUGUUAAGAAAGAACUCCAAAAUUAACAGCUUAAGGAUAUGCCAGGAGGACUCACAGAAAACUAAUCCUGACGUGCAGAUUCUUACUGAGUCAAACCUAAGAUCUCUAAUUGGAACAAUUUAAAAAAAGCAAUUAAAUCAAGAGGAAUAUUGUCCAUGUACAGAAAUGGAUUAACUAGUAUAGCUAAAGAAGUACAACCAGAAUUCUUGAAAACUGAGCAGGCAGAGACCUGAGAUGAAGAGAUGAGGUGGACCUCAAAUGCAUUUGAAUUCAUGACAACAUGAACGCAUUAGCAGCAAACAGUGUAAAAAAAAAUAAAUGAGAGCAGCAACAGACAUACUUAAAAAGAAAUUCAGUAAUAAACACCCAAAUACAGUUGAAUGCAGAUGUUUCUAUCCAAACUCCCUUUUAUAUAAGCCCUCUGCAGAUUUUAUACUAACAAAUUCUAAAUCUGGCAUAUCAUUUAAGAUAUCAAUUUUGUGCAGGACAAAAGUAAUUGUUUCCCACAAUGUUCACAGACCUCAAAGUAUUAUGUGAAUUUCCCCUUGGGAUUCUCUCUCUCUCUCUCUCUCACCUUGACUACAUCACACUUCCAGUAGGUCACAAGUUUACAGACACUUUGUUAAUGUUUGGCAGCAUUUCUAUUUAAAUUGUUUUACUUGAGCCAAACAUUUUGGGUCACCUUCCACCAAUGAGUUGCUAUAAUUCUGGCCCAUUCCUAAAGACUGAACUGGUGUAACUGGUACAGGUUCGUUGGCCUCCUUGCUCUCGCAUGCUUUUUCAACCAGAUUUAGGUCAGGGCUUUGUGAUGGCCACUCCCAACGCCUUGACCCGUGUUGUCCUUGAGCCAUUUUGCCACAACUUUGGAGGUCUGCUUGGGGUUCUUGUCUAUUUGGAAGGCCCAUUAGCGACUGAGCUUCAACUUCUUCGUUUGAGAUGUUGCUGCAGUGUUUCUCCAUCAUUUUGUUUCCUCAUGGUGCCAUCUAUUUUGUGAAGUGCACCAGUCCCUCCUGCAGCACC